AUGGAUUACGAAAACGACCCAGGAUGGAAGUACCUUCGCCGCUCCCGCGAGCAGAUGCUCGAGGUACUUUUUAUAAUUUUCUUCCCUCUUUAUCAUUAUUUUCUCUAUUCUAGGACCAAUCCCGUCCAUACGAUUCCAAGAAGAACGUUUGGAUUCCGGAUGCGGAAGAUGGAUACAUCGAGGGUGUCAUCACCAAAACCGCUGGAGAUAAUGUGACUGUUGCCGUUGGCCCAGGAAAUGAGGUAAUUUACUUGUCCCUCUUCUCCUCUAUUUCACUUAUGUUGUUUAUUGUAGAAGACUGUUAAAAAGGAUGUCAUCCAAGAGAUGAACCCACCAAAAUUCGAGAAAACCGAAGACAUGUCUAACUUGACUUUCCUCAACGACGCCUCCGUUUUGUACAACUUGAGAGCUCGUUAUGCUGCAAUGCUCAUCUACGUAAGAUUUCAUAUCAACCAUUCUUGUUUCUCACUUUCAUCUUCCUUCUAGACUUAUUCGGGUCUUUUCUGUGUCGUGAUCAAUCCUUACAAGCGCCUUCCGAUCUACACUGACUCGGUCGCCCGCAUGUUUAUGGGCAAGCGCCGUACCGAAAUGCCACCACAUCUGUUUGCCGUCUCUGACGAGGCCUACAGAAACAUGCUUCAAAACCAUGAGAACCAGUCUAUGCUCAUUACCGGAGAAUCCGGAGCCGGAAAGACCGAGAACACCAAGAAGGUUAUCUCGUACUUUGCCGCCGUCGGAGCUGCCCAGCAGGAAACGUUCGGAAAGAAGAACGAGGAGGCCUCUGACAAGAAGAAGGUCACCCUCGAGGACCAGAUCGUUCAGACCAACCCCGUGCUCGAGGCUUUCGGUAACGCCAAGACCGUCCGUAACAACAACUCCUCCCGUUUCGGAAAGUUCAUCCGUAUUCACUUCUCCAAGCAGGGACGUGUCGCUUCUUGCGAUAUUGAGCAUUGUAAGAUCCCCCUGUCACCUGAAUUGCAUCCUAAUUUUUUUCAUUCCAGAUCUUCUUGAGAAGUCUCGUGUGAUCCGUCAGGCUCCAGGAGAGCGUUGCUACCACAUCUUCUACCAGGUCUUCUCCGACUUCUUGCCAAACCUUAGGAAGGACCUCCUUCUCCACAAACCAGUCAAGGAUUACUGGUUCAUUGCUCAAGCUGAGUUGGUCAUCGACGGAAUCAAUGACAAGGUAUCCUAUUUCGUUUGCCCAGUCUGUGUCUAUUCUUGUAAUCUUGAAGGAAGAGCAUCAGUUGACCGAUGAGGCCUUUGACAUCCUCAAGUUCACGGCAGUUGAGAAAAUGGAGUGCUACAAACUUGUUGCCGCCAUGAUGCACAUGGGUAACAUGAAGUUCAAGCAACGCCCACGUGAAGAGCAGGCCGAGCCAGAUGGCACCGAUGGUAAGCGCUAAGAGCAGAUUCUUGGAUUCUUAGAAACUUUUUCUCUGUUUGCUCAAGAUCUCAUGAGAGCGUAGGAUGUGCGUAGAGUGGAUUUAGCGGCGCGGUUUAAAGUUUACCUACUCUUCCAUCGGCUCUUCACUUUUUUGCCUAUGACACUGAUUUUGAGAGAUUGAAAAAAAAGGAAUUUAUCCACAAAUACCGAGAGCCAAUAAUGUUAUUUCAGAUGCCGAGAGAGCCGCCAAGUGCUUCGGAAUUGACCCCGAAGAGUUCUUGAAGGCUUUGACUCGCCCACGUGUCAAGGUCGGAAAUGAAUGGGUCAACAAGGGACAGAACAUGGAGCAGGUCAACUGGGCCGUAGGAGCCAUGGCCAAGGGUCUCUACUCGAGAAUCUUCAACUGGCUCGUCAAGAAGUGCAACCAGACUCUUGACCAGAAGGGAAUCUCCCGUGAUCACUUCAUCGGUGUGCUCGAUAUCGCCGGAUUCGAAAUCUUCGAUUUCAACUCGUUCGAGCAGCUCUGGAUUAACUUCGUCAAUGAGAAACUCCAGCAGUUCUUCAACCAUCACAUGUUCGUCCUGGAGCAGGAAGAGUACGCUCGUGAGGGUAUCCAAUGGGUCUUCAUCGAUUUCGGACUUGACUUGCAAGCCUGUAUCGAGCUCAUUGAGAAGCCACUUGGUAUCAUUGCCAUGCUUGAUGAGGAGUGCAUCGUGCCAAAGGCCACUGACUUGACCCUGUCCCAGAAGCUCAUCGACCAGCACUUGGGCAAGCACCCGAACUUCGAGAAGCCAAAGCCGCCAAAGGGAAAACAGGCCGAGGCUCACUUCGCCAUGCGUCACUACGCCGGAACUGUCCGUUACAACGUGAUGAACUGGCUCGAGAAGAACAAGGACCCCCUCAACGACACUGUUGUCACUGUCAUGAAGGCCUCGAAGAUCAACGCUCUCAUCGUGGAGGUCUGGCAAGAUUACACCACUCAAGAGGAGGCCGCCGUCGCCACCAAGACCACUGGUGGUGGAAAGAAGAAGGGAAAGUCGGGAUCGUUCAUGACUGUUUCUAUGCUCUACAGAGAGUCCCUCAACAACCUGAUGACUAUGCUCAAUUCCACCCACCCUCACUUCAUCCGUUGUAUCAUUCCCAACGAGAAGAAGGCUUCCGGAGUCAUCGACGCCGCGCUUGUCCUCAACCAGCUCACCUGCAAUGGAGUGUUGGAAGGAAUCAGAAUUUGCCGCAAGGGAUUCCCGAACAGAACUCAGCAUCCAGACUUUGUCCAGCGUUACGCCAUCCUCGCUGCCGAUGAGUCUCUUAUUGGAAAGACCGAUGCCAAGAAGGGAUCCGCUGCUAUGCUCGCCCGCUUGGUCAAAGAGAAGAAGCUUGAAGAGGACCACUUCCGUGUUGGUCUCACCAAGGUCUUCUUCAAGGCCGGAAUCGUCGCUCACUUGGAAGACUUGCGUGAUUCCAAGCUGGCUCUGCUCAUUACUGGACUCCAGGCUCAGAUCAGAUGGUACUACCAAGUGGUUAGUUGCUAAACAAAUUGAACAUUUAUCAUUGCUAAUGUGUUAAUUUCAGAUCGAGCGCAAGCGCCGUGUGGAGAAGAUCAACGCACUCAAGAUCAUCCAAAGAAACAUCCGCAGCUGGGCUGAACUCCGCACCUGGGUGUGGUUCAAGCUUUACGGAAAGGUCAAGCCACUUGUCAACUCUGGAAAGAUUGAGGCUCAAUACGAGAAGCUUCAAGAGACCGUCGCCACCCUCAAGGACACGGUGAUACAGGAGGAGGAGAAGAAACGCCAACUCCAAGAGGGCGCUGAACGUCUCAACAAGGAGACGGCUGACCUCUUGGCGCAAUUGGAGGCUAGCAAGGGAAGUACCCGUGAAGUUGAGGAGCGUAUGGCUGCCAUGAACGAACAGAAGACUGCUCUCGAGGGCAAGCUCGCCGACACCAACAAGAAGCUCGAAACCGAAGAGGCCCGCGCUGCCGAGAUCAGCAAGCAGAAGAAACUUGUUGAGGCCGAGUGCGCCGAGCUCAAGAAAAGCUGCCAAGACGUUGACCUCUCGCUCAGAAAGGUCGAGGCCGAGAAGAACGCCAAGGAGCACCAGAUCCGUGCUCUCCAGGAUGAGAUGAGACAGCAGGAUGAGAACAUCUCCAAGCUCAACAAGGAGAGAAAGAACCAGGAUGAGCAGAACAAGAAGCUCACCGAGGAUCUUCAAGCUGCUGAGGAGCAGAACUUGGCUGCCAACAAACUGAAGGCCAAGCUCAUGCAAUCUCUUGAGGACUCCGAGCAGACCAUGGAGCGUGAGAAGAGAAACCGCGCUGAUAUGGACAAGAACAAGAGAAAGGCGGAGGGAGAGCUCAAGAUCGCUCAGGAGACCUUGGACGAGCUCAACAAGUCGAAGAGCGACGCUGAGAACGCCUUGAGACGCAAGGAGACCGAGUUGCACAACUUGGGAAUGAAGCUCGAGGACGAGCAAGCCGCUGUUGCCAAGCUCCAGAAGGGAAUCCAGCAGGAUGAGGCCAGAGUCAAGGAUCUCUACGACCAACUAGCCGACGAAAAGGACGCUCGCCAACGCGCCGACCGCUCCAGAGCCGAGCAACAAGCCGAGUACGACGAGCUCACCGAGCAACUCGAGGACCAGGGUCGUGCCACCGCCGCUCAAGUUGAGCUCGGAAAGAAGAAGGACGCCGAGCUUUCCAAGCUUCGCCGUGACUUAGAGGAGGCCGGGCUCAAGUUCGGAGAGCAGCUUACUGUUCUUAAGAAGAAGGGAUCCGAUGCUAUUCAGGAGCUUUCCGACCAGGUCGAACAACUGCAGAAACAGAAGUUAAGACUUGAGAAGGAGAAGGGACACAUGCAACGCGAGUUCGAUGAGUCCUCCGCCGCUCUUGACCAGGAGGCCAAGCUCCGUGCUGACAACGAGAGAAUCGCCAAGGGACACGAGGUCAGACUCCUCGAGCUCCGUCUCAAGGCUGACGAACAAUCUCGCCAGCUCCAAGACUUUGUCUCCUCCAAGGGACGUCUCAAUUCGGAGAACUCUGACUUGGCUCGCCAGGUUGAAGAGUUGGAGGCCAAGAUCCAGGCCGCCAACCGCCUCAAGCUCCAGUUCUCCAACGAAUUGGACUACGCCAAGAGACAAGCCGAGGAGGAGUCGCGCGAGCGCCAGAAUCUGUCCAACCUGUCCAAGAACUUGGCCCGCGAGCUUGAACAGCUCAAGGAGUCGAUCGAGGACGAGGUCGCUGGAAAGAACGAGGCUGCCCGUCAGCUCUCCAAGGCUUCCGUCGAGCUCGAUCAAUGGAGAACCAAGUUUGAGACCGAGGGACUCAUUGGAGCCGACGAGUUCGAUGAAGUCAAGAAGCGUCAAAACCAGAAGACUUCCGAGAUCCAAGAUGCUCUUGAUGCCUGCAACGCCAAGAUUGUUGCUCUUGAGAAUGCUCGCAGCCGGUAAGUAUCUAAUGAAGCAUUUUAAUCGUUCAUUAUUCUCAUUUUAGCUUGACCGCUGAAGCCGACGCCAACCGCCUCGAGGCUGAGCACCACGCUCAGGCCGUCUCCUCCCUGGAGAAGAAGCAGAAGGCCUUCGACAAGGUCAUCGAUGAGUGGAAGAAGAAGGUCGACGACCUCUACCUCGAGUUGGACGGAGCUCAACGCGAUGCUCGCCAGCUUUCCGGAGAAGCCCACAAGCUCCGUGGACAGCACGAUACCCUGGCCGAUCAAGUCGAAGGACUCCGUCGUGAGAACAAGGCUCUCAGCGACGAGGCCCGCGACCUCACCGAGCAACUUUCCGAGGGAGGACGUGCCACCCACGCUCUUUCCAAGAACCUUCGCCGUCUUGAGAUGGAGAAGGAGGAGCUCCAGCGUGGAUUGGACGAGGCUGAGGCUGCCCUCGAGUCCGAGGAGAGCAAGGCUCUUCGCUGCCAGAUCGAGGUUUCGCAGAUCCGUGCCGAGAUCGAGAAGAGAAUCGCCGAAAAGGAGGAGGAGUUUGAGAACCACCGCAAGGUCCACCAACAGACCAUCGACAGCAUCCAGGCUACUUUGGACUCUGAGACCAAAGCCAAGUCGGAGCUGUUCCGUGUCAAGAAGAAGUUGGAGGCCGACAUCAACGAGCUGGAGAUCGCCCUCGACCAUGCGAACAAAGCGAACGAAGAUGCGCAGAAGAACAUUAGGUAUGCCGAAAAUUUUAUUUCCUUCACCCUAUUUGUUCCGUUUUCAGACGUUACUUGGACCAGAUCCGCGAACUUCAACAAACCGUGGAUGAGGAACAGAAGCGCCGUGAGGAAUUCCGUGAGCAUUUGUUGGCUGCCGAGAGAAAACUUGCGGUUGCCAAGCAAGAGCAGGAGGAGCUCAUCGUCAAGCUUGAGGCUGUCAGUUCCAACUCCCAAUUCUCUGUUUCAAAAGUGAUUCUUUCAGAUUGAGCGCGCUCGCCGUGUCGUCGAGAGCUCGGUGAAGGAGCACCAGGAGCACAACAACGAGCUCAACUCGCAGAACGUUGCCCUCGCCGCCGCCAAGAGCCAGCUCGACAACGAAAUUGCUCUCCUUAAGAGCGAUAUUGCCGAAGCCCACACCGAGCUUUCCGCUUCCGAAGACCGUGGUCGCCGUGCCGCCAGUGACGCCGCCAAGCUCGCUGAGGACCUCCGCCACGAGCAAGAGCAAUCCCAACAGCUUGAGAGAUUCAAGAAGCAACUCGAGAGCGGUGUCAAGGUUUGUCUGCAGCCACCUUUUUGACGCAUAAAAACCAACCAGCAUAGCGUGAUUGUUUUAGUCCGCGCAGAGUUUGCCACUUAUCUUUUGCGCGUCGUCUCCACAAAAUGAGAGAUAGAGCAAAUAUGAACAAAAAUCAUAUAUCCUACAAAUCUUUUGCAGGAUCUUCAAGAGCGCGCCGACGCCGCUGAGGCUGCAGUCAUGAAGGGAGGAGCCAAGGCGAUCCAGAAGGCCGAGCAGCGUCUGAAGGCUCUCCAGUCCGACUUGGAGACCGAGACCCGCCGCGCCGGAGAGGCCAGCAAGACCCUCGCUCGUGCUGAUCGUAAGGUCCGCGAGUUCGAGUUCCAGGUUUCCGAGGAUAAGAAGAACUACGACAAACUCCAGGAGUUGGUUGAGAAGCUGACCGCCAAGCUCAAGCUCCAGAAGAAACAACUCGAUGAAGCUGUAAGUUAUAUUCCUCGAAAUCAGUCAAUAUCUUGUAAUCUUCAGGAGGAGCAGGCCAACAACCACCUGAGCAAGUACAGAACCGUCCAACUGUCCCUGGAGACCGCCGAGGAAAGAGCUGAUUCCGCCGAGCAGUGCCUUGUCAGAAUCCGAAGCCGAACACGCGCCAGUGCCGAGCAGAAGUAG